GGGAACAGCAGGGCCGCUUCCUGGCCUGAACGCGCUCUGCCGCAAUACUCUGUUUCUCCAGCGGAGGCAGCGCACUCAGGAUGGGCCCAAGUCUUUAUUCUCGGUUUCAGAGACACCUUCUCUCUGGCAAGGCUGUGGAGAUGUUGGUCACUGAGGUGUUUAAUGUCAUGCGAUGCCUUAGGAGGCUCACCGGGCAACCAGGAAAGGCAUCUGGGUAGAAUUAAACUGGGAUGGCUGGUCAGUACUCAGCGUGGGACUGGUACCAGAAUGGCCAGAUAUGGCAGAGAUCAUGGACAAGAAGCGUUUCUACUACUGUCUGUACCGUCGGUCUGUAGAGGUAAAGUAGACGGCGUCUGUACUGUUGGCCUUCAUAGGUGAAUGAUGAUGUAAGUUCUAAAACAUCUCUACCUGGGCUCACAUAAUUGAACUUGACAUGAUGGUUUGGUUCCAAUUCCUCACACCGCUGCAAACUCGAUACUCCAUAGAGUUCCGAAGAUCUCUUCUGUUCGAUGCAUGGGGCUGAUCGUCAGUCACUCCUGAUGUGCUUUGCUUUUAUCUUAUGGUCACAUGACAUCAUUUCACAAACGUGCCCAUUGAGCAUGCUCAGCAAAUCGGGCCGAGCGAGAGAGGUGCGGGGGGCGGGACGUAGAGAGAGGGAGUGGGACACACCUUGAGCAGCUCACCUUGCGUCUAGUUAAGCAGCGGUUACAGCCGCGGGCGUCACGAUGGUGAAUGUUGGUCAUGUGGGGAUGUACCUUUAAGGCCUUUGGCGUGUUGUGGGAUCACCAUGGCUGGCUGGAUUGUGAGAACGGAGCUCCAGAGUGAUGACUCUGCCCCCGAGGGAACCGGCAGGAGCGGCAAUUACCUCUUGGGCAUAGCAGAGAGCAUGGACAGCCCUGGGGCUGAUGGCCCCAGGAGCAAUGAAGACCUUGCAGUCAAGAAGAAAUCCAGGUUUCAGAUUUUGAAGACGCGUCUGUUUGGGAGGAUAAAGAGGAAGGACGAUGAAGGUUCGAUGACGCACACCCAGUCCGCUAGUGACAUCACAGCCCCGGAAUGUCACAGGGACAGCUCUGACUCCUUGGAUGACUUUGUCUACUCCCCAGGGACACUCGGGUCUCGAGCGCUGUCACAUGAUAGCAUAUUCCUCACCAACCAAUCAGAAGCUCCUCCAGAGCCAGAACGAAUUCUCUCUCAGGAGAACGUGCAUGGCAAGAUCAGAGCUCUGCAGAUGAAGCUCCAGCAGAACAUUCGGCUGGGUCCCCCACCCAUGCUGAUUCCCACUAAGCGCACAGAGGACACUGGUGCGUGCUCUGAAGAUGACGGGCUGCCCCAUAGCCCCCCUGACGUCUCUCUGCACGAGGCCCUGGAGCCAACCAUAAGCCAGAGGUACCCUGACUCCCACAGACACCACAGCUCAUUGAGUUUAGCCGGAACGGGAAGUGAGGAGGACGAGCAGAGUCCUGCCCAACCUCCGUCCCACCUUCUGUCACCAGUGGGCAAGCCGUCUCCCAAGCCAAGUAGCACCGAGGCCCUCAGUCCCGUAACAGACUUUGACGUCCCUGCCCGAUUCAUCCCAUGUCUGGACAACUCAGCCGCCCGUCACCGCAUGUCGGUGAAGCCCCGGAAUCAAAGAGCCAGCACCAAGGGACGGAAACCAGUCUUGAGUGUUGAGAGACCGCGCUCAGAGAGCUUAAAUACCCUGGAAAAGGCUAUUUUGGAGCGAGAGCAAGAAGGAGAUGAGGUUCCCAAAGAGGCAGCCCGCUGCCGCUCUUACUCCACUCAGAUGUUAUUGGAGUCAAAUCCUGAGAGAAGAGAGCAGGAGCUGGAGAUGGAGACCAGUCUGGAGUUUCCCAAGACUGCUGCAGUUAGCCUGGAGCAGCCUGUUCAGCAAGUGGAACAAGUGGCUAAACGCGCCCUCCUGCCCCGGCCUGUGCCACGGGUGCCGGAGUCCAACCAACCUGCAGAGUUAAGUCCUGCAAAGGUGCUGUCCUCUCCUGGAUUUGCUGAGCUACCAGGGACUCCUACCAACAAGCCCCAAAGCCCCAGCAAGGCACAAGGCACUAAGGACCUGGUGAAAGAAAUUCUGCAGAACUCUGGUCAGCGAUACUCUUCGAACUACCCAAUAACACCUAAGACCUGUGCAUCUGAUUACACACCCCCCAAAAACACUCUUCAGAAGCAAGGUGACCUGGGAAAGCAAGCUCAAGAGAUGAUCCCAGCAAUACAGUUGGAUCCUUCACCCAACCCUCAGCUCUCUACAGUAGCACCCACCAAAAACGUUCUGCAGUCUGGAGAACGACAACCCAUAAUACCAAAGACAUCAUUGCCGAAAAAAGCUACCCCAACAACUAUGGAACAGUGUGUGCAAGAGGAUGUUGUCUCGGGGUCAGCCCAGAGAACAUCAGCGCCACCCACUGUUCAGGAUGACCAACAACCCAUAGAGGCUGUUAGGCAACAAAGACCCAACUCUGGGUCAUUCAAAUUCUCAAUCUCUUCUGCCUGGGACAGACCCAGGACAAGCAGUUUUACUGGUGGCGUUGAGGGGAGCUCAGUGAGUGCAGAAGAUACAGUAAACAAGACCUCCUCCAACCAUAAGCUCCAGGAGCCUCUAACAGCCAGAACGGAGGAGAUCCCUCUGAAUAAGCAGUCAGUGACCAAACUAGAGGAAGAUCUGGUGGUCAAGAGUCCUUCUAGCAUCCAGCUGCUACAACAACCUGUGGGAAGUUUGGGAGCAGCCAAAUCUAAAGAGCUACCCUGGUCUGCAGAACAGAGUACCAUGAAGAAGAGAGUGACAGAAGAGUCUGUAAAGUCUGGGCAAGUCCAGGGGAAAGCAGGAGGAGGCUCAGAGGUAAAGGAAGUUCAGGAGAGUAAGAGCAACACCAUGCCGACCACAGGAGAGGAAGACACGCAAGGCAGGACUUCCUUCGGGGUGAAGCUUCGUUCUACUUCCUUGUCCUUGAGAUACCGGUCAGACAUAGCCCAGUCAGAGCAGACACGCAAGGGCCGCAGUGCUGAGGUUGGUCCCCCGUCCCCCCCUGCACAGCCUCCUCCAGCUAAACUAGCAAUCUCUGAGGAGCUGCGGCCCAGAGCUCCUCAUUCUCCUAGACUGGAUGACGAGGAAUGGGAUAUCUCCACAGACAACAUCAACACCAAGCCCCCGUUUCUGAGAAAGCCACCCUCUCAGAAUCCUGACAGACUCCCACCCCUUGUUGCUCCUAGCCUGCCUCCAUCCACCCUGCCCAGAGAGAAGAUCGAAUGCUUCAAGCAAGGAGCUCUCUGUGCAGACACAGGACCCCUGUCUAAGCCUGUUCCUGCUCCUUCCAAGGAGGGCGAGCUUGCAACCUCUGAGCCCGUCUGGAUGUCUGUGGCACGUGAAAAGACCCGAAGCCUCCAGCAGAUUUUUACCUGCAAGCUGGCACCACUCGGCGCCCCACAGGGCAUCUCUCAGAGGCCCCCACAACCCGUGGCCCGGGACAGGGAAGAAAAGAAGUUAAUUUCCCAUCUCGGCCAGGAGGGGGCCCCCACGUCUUCCCCUAUGGAGAGGAAAGUGGACACGGAGGCAGCAAUGGAAAGCAGAUCUCCUCUCAUGCCGAAAAAGGCAGGAUGGCCAGCCCAUCUGGAGAGCAAGACUGAGCUGCGGAAAGACACCUUUGCUGUCACGACUCAGCAGAGACCCCUAGCUGAGGGCAGGUGUGAAGAGAAGGCGGUCAGGAGGGCACCCGUAAAUGUGCAUUUCCCAGAGGUGCUGACCUGCGCUGCCUCCGAGGCUCAUGCUGACAAAGACGAGAGGUGGAGGAAGAGGUCAGAACUGCAGUCCCUGCUCUGGUCAUCGUCCCCAUCUUCGUCACCUUCAGCGCCGCCCCUGCCGAUUCCUGCGUCUGGAGCUGGCCAGCCGUCCUGGUUGGAGCUGGCCAAGAGGAAGUCGCUGGCCUGGAGUGAUAAGACCGUGGACUGAGCGAGACAGUGUGGGGGCCCUAAGGACAGAGUGUAGAAAAACGUGUAACCCCGACAGACCCUGCUGAUGUGACCCCCACUGCAUGCAUACC